CAUUCGGCCAUUCCAAAGCACUCACAAACACCACUCAGCAACCAAAUCUUGCUUAACUAGCUAAUUUCCUUUCAGCCAUGGCGAGGCUAAUUGCAUCAUCGUCUUCAUCAGCUGCCGUGUGCUUCGUCGUCCUCCUGAUCAUCGCCAUGGCCAUGGCGGCGGCGGCGACGGUGUCGCCGUCGGCGGCGGACAAGUGCGAGAAGGACCUGGACCUGCUGAUGGGGAGCUGCGAGGGGUACCUGCGGUUCCCGGCGGAGGCGAAGGCGGCGCCGUCGAGGGCGUGCUGCGGCGCGGUGAGGAGGGUGGACGUGGGGUGCCUGUGCGGAAUGGUGACGCCGGAGGUGGAGCAGUACGUGUGCAUGGACAAGGCCGUCUACGUCGCCGCCUACUGCCACCGCCCACUCCUCCCUGGCUCCUACUGCGGCAGUUAUCACGUUCCCGGUCCGGUCGUGUAAAAUCAAUAAAGAUGCGUUCAUUGCUGCUGAUGAUCGAAGAUCGAGCAUGAAAAUGCUGUUUGGGAGCCCGUCAAUUUCGAAUUUCAUCAUCCAAUUGAUAUUUCGUUCUGAUUAGUUUGUUUCAUCUCAAUUGUCGUUGUUGAAUAAUCCUCCGUCCAUGCUUAUGAGUACGGCUCCAUGUAUGUUUUUAAUAAAUAAAAAGGAUGGCUCCCCAUAUAUUGAUUAAA